GCGGGGGGAGGGGGGAAUAACAACAACAACAACAACAACAUCCUCUUUAUUACUCUUUUUUCAUUACCUACUGUCCCGCAAAGUUAAAUUUUAAUGAAGCAAUAUGAAUCUUUUAUGGAUGGUCAAGUUGAACCGAUCGGACCUAUAACAAAUGGUGCACAUCCUUAAUGUGAGAUAUCACUCAUAUAUGACACCAGCUUCGUUAAUUAAGAUUUACAUAUGUGUGCUAUUGUUCGUAUUAUGAUCUAGAAAUGCUGAUGCAAGUGAAUAGCAAGUAGGAGAGGCAUUUGGUCAGAGAAGGCGGAUUUAACAAUUAUAAUCCAUGCGAAUUCAGAUCCUUCCACGGUCAGCAGGAUCCAGUAAAGACUUCUACAAGAUCUUCGUUGUUUUCUUUCUUGUCGUCUACGUGUUUUUGUGGCUCUCAAGACCAGCGGUGGAAAACAAGUUAAAUCGGGAAAAUUAUGAAAAAUCCCUGGAGCAGAAAAACAUACCGCUUAAAGAUAACACGGCUGAGAUGCUUGAGAAGGAAAUACAGAGCAGAAAGGUCUCGACGGAGUUUCUGACGCACUGGUGUAGACAACAGCGGUGGAGAUUGGAUUGGAAGGGCAUGAUCUCGCCUUGUGAGAGCAAAAUGGCCUGGAACUCAUCAAUGGACAGAACAAAUGCUACUGAUCCCAACAACAGCUUUAUUUCACUUUGGAACAUCAAACCCGUGGGAGAAUACAGUCGUUUUAGCAUUCAAUCGCAAACAAAGGAAGGGCUUCCCAAGACACAAGGCGGUGACACAUGGAGGGUCCUCCUCAGAGGGCCGUCGUCGAUAUCUCCGACAGUAUUCGAUCAUGGAAAUGGGACGUACGAAGUUUUGUUUCUUGCACUGGAAUCUGGCGUAUACACUGCAAAUAUCACGUUGGAUUACACUUUAUGUGAUGGAUUUAAAGAUCCUCCCCGGGACUGGUUUAUGAUUGGGAACGCGCAAGGAAAAUAUCAGCGACAUCCACAAGUCGAUGGAAAUAAAGAUUAUCUCCAAGAAGCUUUGUGGGAUGGGAGUCCUGUCGAAAUAACAAUCCCACGUGCUAGUGAUGGUAAGAAUCUUCAUGACGCUUGUAGGUCUAGUAAGUCUCUCUAUAUGACCGUUAUUCUUGGUAUUUCUGUGUUCUUUCCACAGCGUAUUUUGCUUUACAACGCUUUCGCUACUUCGCGCAUGUGCCAGGCAGGCUUCCAAGUUCUCGACGUAUUUCCCAUCACUGACUCCUACCCACAGGGUACUGGUACCCACGGAGGCAAUGGACCAGUUAAAAACGACAUUGUGCACUAUAGCAACCUCGCCUUUAGGCCAGCAGAAGAUGUCCUAGAACAGUACUUUGACCCAAAGGGGACUUAGAAUACAAAAUUAGUGGUCAAAUUAUUUACUGAAUCAUCUUCAAUGCAUGGGACACAAAUACAAUUUACUCUAAUGUUUACAUGGAGGAAAAUCUCUCUCACGAAAUUCGUGAUAAUAACUGCUGAACAAGCGUGGCGCCUAAAUUUGAAAAGCAAUACUUUGUACAUCCUAAGCCUCGUGUUUAUGUUUCCAGACAAAGGAUUUUUCACAUGAAUGCGAGGCAUGCGAUGUAUACGUAUUAUUAUUCAAAUAUCGGCGCCAUUCAUGCAAGGUGUCUUUAUAUUGAAUGCUCAAAUACCAAGAAGCUGUUGAGACGCUGUACGUACUGAGAGAGUCGUAAAAGAGCGUAUUGAGCAGCAUUUGCCACCCGAGAGAAAUGGGCAAAAUUUAGAAAACACAACCUAACGCGGGUGUUUUAUUAGUUUCUCAAAUGGUCUUUAAUGUAAAGAUUGUUUUAGUAAAACACCGUUGAGGAAAUGCACAAAAUGACGAAACACGGUUUCCGGUGUUUCGAUCUCUGCAUGAUAUAACAUCAGUUUCACAGGCAAUCAGAACGCGCGCUUUAUCAAAUAUGUGUAAAUGUAAAUAAUCUGCAUAUCUUCUGAACAGAAUUUUUCUUUGUUCUUUUCUAGAUAGUAGAGCAUGGGCCAGUGCAGUUUUUAUUUGACGAAGGCAUCGAAGUAAAUUAUUGGUUCCCAGUCCUUGCGCGUCAGAAGAUGAAAAAUCAAAAAUCAGUAAACGUGAAAAUCAUUUAAUUUUGCCACGUUUUUUUCAGCUUGUUUUUGCUUGUCAUGGUAACGAUUCUAAAGCCCAAACAAUAUUUAUUUGACAAAGCUAUUCUUUCAAUUUUCUAUUUGUUAUUCUGCAUGCAGCGGUUUUUCUUUAAAAGCAGAUUUAUAAGUCAAUAGAGUUCUUUGUCGUACAUAUAAAGCUGUAUGUCAUUUGUAAUAAGUUUGUGACAGGCGGAGUCAUCUACUAUAUAUCUUAAUAGCUACAAUCGAUAAUAAAUUUUGGUGCCAUUUACGUAUCGAAAGCAAUUUGACUUAUAUGUAAAACAAAUUCGCCGUGGCGGAAAUCAUAAACAUGUUCUCAUUCAUAAGAAUUAUUUUUAUGAGCAAAAACCAGUAAGAAGCGACCUUUACGACUGCCCAUAUAACUUAAUUUCCUGUCGACGAACAAACCAACCCGCUGGGAAUUCAUUCAUCACAAAUGAAAUUGCAAAGUUAAUCGGAAGACUCGACAUAGUGUCCUUUAAAACUGUCUGAUUUUGC